AUGCCGACUCAGCCCUCGCCCUCCGAUAAUUUCAAGGCCUUCGCGGACCACCAGAAAAAGCUUCUGUUCGAUGAAACCGAAGAAUUUUUCAAAAGGCACAAUCUGCGUCUGAAGAAGUACCUUCUGCCAGUGCCGCUGCCUGCGUGGGCCUCGUCGCUUGACGAGGUGCUUGACACGGGUGUCGAGCACGAACCCUACUCAACCAUCUACCGUCAUCAGCAUUUUUUGAAGACGCGAAUUCUGAGGAACUGGUCCUACAUAGAAACUUUGUGGAACGUCUCGGAUAACCCACGUAACAAGAACAUUCCUUUUGACCUCCGGCCCCUCACAAAGGAGAUCAUCAAGCAGCUGGACACCACAAACGCCGACCUCACUGACCCUGAGUUCUCGGGGCUAUUGGUCACUCUGAACACGGAAAGCUUCUUUGAGGGGCCUAAAAACUCCGAUGGAACGCCGGGUGUGCAGGAACGCAACUCGGCUGCCCAAGGCGAGGGAUCCCAGAGCGGAAGCGCCGAUGCUGCGGCAAACACUACAGCGCCGGUGGAAGCACAGGGUACUGCGGAAUCUGCUGGUGCCGGCAAUUCUGCUAGUAACCCGCUAUCCAAGAGCAAAAUCAUCGCAGGGGCUAUUGUCGAGUGCCUAAUGACGAAUGAAAGGUGCAUACGGUGCAUCUGGCUACACCCCCAUCUGUCAAAGCACAGUUCUAGAAUAUUGCUUCAGGCUUUCCUCCCGCGGUUAAUGCUGGAAAUGUUCAACGUCCCGUCGGUUAUGACGGAGAACGGCCCGUCUGCAUACCACAAGUUCGCUUAUGCGAUGCACAACGACUUGGACAUGUUUCCGCGGCAGUGCUGGUUGCUGCUGGCGAGCAUAAAGAAGAUGUCGCUACCACGUCACUACGAGCCUUCCACGUUCGAGGAACACCCCGUAGACUUGGAGUACGGCGAGUGCCACAUGGACGAGGCAGGCCACCUGCUGCUUCCCGAGUUUUCGGGCAUCGUUGAUGACGGCGUGCUUGCGUCAGUUGGAUCGGAGUGCUCUGUUCGCAGCGUUUCUUGCAACUGCUACAACGAGAAAAUGAAGAAGACUGUUGAUGCUCAGGCGUGGUUGGACCGCUUGGUGGGAUGCACGGAGAGUUACAUGUGCCUCAUGCUACCCAAACGUUCUGAACGUGAGGCACUGGGGCUCCAUCCCCGCGAUGGCUGGCGUGACUUGGUUACUGAAGGGCUGGACCGGCCACUGCUAGAGGAGCUCCUGGAACUUCUCCCAGUCGAUUCCCGCGACCGUUUCUCACACCUUUACGACCCGUCCGUCGCGACGGUGAGUGUGCGUUGCAACGCGAACCUCAACAGCGACUUCGAAGAGUGGUGCAAACUGCGACGGGAGGACCUAAUUGAUGUCACCAGCGACACUGAGGCCUACAUGAACGUAGAUGCUGGCGAAGAGGAAUACAACAUGGCCUCUACCAGCAAGCGCGCGCGGUCCCGUAUAUGA